CACCUUUGGUUGAAAACUGUAUAUAAAUUCAACACCGACUAACGAGGCAAAUUAAAUCAUAAUGUUGCGUCUGUGCGGCUCUGUCAUCUCAGUGCUCUGUAUCUACAGCGUUUUAGGAUCAAUCGAUGAAUCGAUGUUCACGGACGAAAUGAAAACCAUGAUGACCACCGUGCACAAAAAGUGUGUCGAACAAACCAGUGUAGAUGAAGGAAUAAUCGAUCAAGCAAUUAGCGGAGACAUCCAAGAGGAUGAGAAAUUGAAGUGCUAUAUGAAAUGCACACUCACUGAAUCGGGAGUGUUAAGCGACAGUGGCGAUUUCGAUUUCGGACCAGUCGAGCAAAUCGCGCCUGAAGAAAUGCGGGAGGCACAUAAAAAAGUGUUCGACACCUGUACGCCACAAGCUGGAAAUGUUGACGAUCUGUGUGAGAAAGCAUUCACUGUAAUGAAGUGCGCCCAUGACGAGGAUCCGGAAAAUUUCUACAUGUUUUAGUGUCACGUGAGCCUGGAGCGACAGAAAACUACGUGGUUCUGUAAAAUAUUCGCUUAAAAUAUAUAUUGAGUUCAACAAA